CGGGCCGGGCCGGGCCGGGGCGGGGCGGAGCGGAGCGGAGCGGCCAUGGCGGCGGGCAGCGCCAUCCAGAUCCCCAGCCGGCUGCCGCUGCUGCUCACCCAGGAGGGCGUCCUGCUGCCCGGCUCCACCAUGCGCACCAGCGUGGACUCGCCGCGCAACAUGCAGCUGGUGCGCAGCCGGCUGCUCAAGGGCACGUCGCUGCGCAGCACCAUCAUCGGCGUCAUCCCCAACACCAGCGACCCGACCUCCGACUGCGACGACCUGCCCGCGCUGCACAGGAUCGGCACGGCUGCGCUGGCCGUGCAGGUGGUGGGCAGCAACUGGCCCAAGCCGCACUACACGCUGCUGGUGACGGGGCUGUGCCGCUUCCAGAUCCUGCAGCUGCUGAAGGAGAAGCCGUACCCCGUGGCCGAGGUCGAGCAGCUGGAUCGGCUGGAGCAGUUCACUAACCAGCAAAAGCCCGAGGAGGGGCUGGGAGAGCUGUCGGAACAAUGCUACAAGUACGCGGUGCAGCUGGUUGAGAUGCUGGAUAUGUCGGUUCCUGCGGUCGCGAAGCUGAGACACCUUUUGGACAGUCUGCCCAGAGAAGCUUUGCCAGAUAUCCUGACUUCUAUCAUCCGUACGUCCAACCAGGAGAAGCUUCAGAUUUUAGAUGCCGUUCGGCUGGAAGAGCGGUUCAAGAUGACGAUACCGUUGCUCGUUAGACAGAUUGAAGGCCUGAAGCUGCUGCAGAAAACAAGAAAGCCCAAACAGGACGACGAUAAAAGGGUUGUAGCUAUUCGUCCUAACAGAAGAAUCAAUCACAUCCCAAGCACUACAGAGGAUGAGGAGGAGGAAGAUCAGGAUGAUGUUGUCAUGCUGGAAAAAAAGAUCAGAGCAUCCAGUAUGUCAGAACAAGCCCUUAAAGUUUGUCUGAAGGAAAUAAAGAGAUUAAAGAAGAUGCCCCAGUCAAUGCCAGAAUAUGCUUUGACAAGAAAUUACCUGGAACUGAUGGUAGAAUUGCCGUGGAAUAAGAGUACCAAAGAUCGCCUGGAAAUCCGUGCAGCUCGAAUUCUGUUGGAUAAUGACCAUUAUGCUAUGGAGAAGCUGAAGAAGAGAGUUUUGGAGUACUUGGCUGUCCGGCAGCUUAAAAACAACCUCAAGGGCCCCAUUCUUUGUUUUGUGGGGCCCCCAGGAGUUGGUAAAACUAGUGUUGGGAGAUCAGUUGCCAAGACUUUGGGACGAGAAUUCCACAGGAUUGCUCUCGGAGGGGUCUGUGAUCAGUCUGAUAUUCGAGGCCACAGGCGCACGUACGUGGGCAGCAUGCCCGGCAGGAUCAUCAACGGGCUGAAGACCGUGGGGGUGAACAACCCCGUGUUCCUGCUGGACGAGGUGGAUAAGCUGGGCAAGAGCUUGCAGGGGGACCCGGCGGCAGCCUUGCUGGAGGUCUUGGAUCCGGAACAAAAUCACAGUUUCACCGAUCACUACUUAAAUGUGGCCUUUGACCUGUCCCAAGUGCUUUUCAUCGCUACAGCCAACACUACGGCUACAAUCCCACCGGCUCUGCUGGACAGGAUGGAGAUCAUUCAAGUUCCAGGAUACACACAAGAAGAAAAAAUUGAAAUUGCACAUAGACACUUGAUUCCUAAACAGCUUGAACAGCAUGGCCUGACUCCACAGCAAAUACAGAUUCCACAAGUAACCACUCUGGACAUAAUUACCAGGUACACGCGGGAGGCCGGGGUGCGCUCCCUGGACCGCCGGCUGGGCGCGAUCUGCCGGGCCGUGGCCGUGAAGGUGGCGGAGGGACAGCACAAGGACGCCAAGCCGGACCGCGCCGAGGGCGCCGACGGAGAAGAUUGCAAAGAGCACGUCGCGGAAGAUGCAAAACCAGAAUCCAUCGGUGACGCAGCCGACCUGGCUCUGCCGCCUGAGAUGCCCAUUUUAAUUGAUUUCCACGCUUUAAAAGAUAUCCUGGGACCGCCCAUGUAUGAAAUGGAGGUGUCUGAACGCUUAAGCCAGCCCGGCGUAGCGAUAGGCCUGGCCUGGACGCCGCUGGGCGGGGAGAUCAUGUUUGUGGAGGCCAGCCGCAUGGACGGCGAGGGGCAGCUCACGCUGACGGGCCAGCUCGGGGACGUCAUGAAGGAGUCGGCACAUCUGGCCAUCAGCUGGCUGCGCAGCAACGCCAAGCGCUACCAGCUCACCAACGCUUCUGGAAGUUUUGAUCUCCUUGACAACACCGACAUCCAUCUGCACUUCCCAGCUGGAGCUGUCACCAAGGACGGGCCAUCUGCGGGGGUUACCAUAGCAACGUGCCUGGCUUCGCUCUUCAGCGGGCGGCUGGUGUGCUCGGACGUGGCCAUGACCGGGGAGAUCACGCUGCGGGGCCUGGUUCUGCCCGUCGGGGGAAUCAAAGACAAAGUCCUGGCUGCGCACCGGGCGGGCCUGAAGAGAAUCAUCAUCCCUCGGAGAAACGAGAAGGACCUGGAAGAGAUCGCGGUGAACGUGCGGCAGGAUUUGACGUUCGUCAUGGCGAGCUGUCUCGACGAGGUUCUCAACGCGGCUUUCGACGGAGGGUUUGCAGUUCAGCCCAAAGGCGAGCGUUUGAAUAGUAAACUCUAAGCAGACAAGCUGAGAUUAGGUCUGUAUCCCAUUUAAUAGAGAUCAGUAACUAUCAGCUGUGUACGCAUCAAGUAGAACGAUGAGCUAAAGGUGAUUGUUUCAAUGCGGGUGCAAAACGCAAUCGAAAUACAAAGCAGUUGGCAACCUGAAAACACAUCUAAGAGGCAUUUGCUGCUUUUUAUCUUGAAAAUAAUAAUCUUUUCCUGAUAGAUUUGAGCAUAAGAGAGUGAAAGCUGUUAGAAAUCAUUCAUGUCAGCAGCUGGUUACACCUCGAAAGAGGACAAACCCACAAACAGAAUAAUACACAAUUCCAUGAGCUCUAUUCAGAGGACACAAAUGGCAGCAAACGCAGCACGGCCAGAGUCCAAUAGAUGGGGUUGUUACCAAAAAGCAAACUGAUUCAGCACAGAGUUCACUGAUUUAGGAAAUAGUGUUCGAUAUGCCAGGGAGCAAAAGCAUCACAGGAUAAACAAGGGGGUUGCAAUCAAAAAUAAUGCAGCUUGACUCUGGGAUGCCUGCGGUCACAGUUCAGCCUCUGAGAAUUAAAUCCACUUAAAUGCCAAGAAAAUACUGGAUCAAUAAUCGCAGUCUGUGAGUCACGAGGUUUAUGGAAGCGCAUCAGCGUCCGUCUCGGCUCCGAGGACGUCACUGAAGAUGGAAAUGCAAACUUGUGGAAGAUGCUGGAGUUCUUCGCUGGGUUUUAUGGGGUCAACCACAAAAGAAGACGCAGGAUGUUACAAUUGUCGCGCUCUCGUUCUGACACAAACCGUGCUUAUGACAUGUAAAUUGUAGCAGUGACAAAAGCCUAAUCUAGAACAGCCUAAAAUCAAAAUAACAGCUUGUUUUGCUUUCAUUUCCAUAGAUAGCAAGCUGAUUUACCUGGAACAUAAUAGCACUGAUAAGUAAAAAAUGCAGUGGGUAUUUCUGCACCUGCUUUACAAAGAUUUUACAACUUUAACAGAAGGCUUCAUCUAAUAAAAAGAUCAAAAUAAAA